AUGCUUGGGAUGGUGCUUGCUCUCGUCGGCUGGAUUGGCUCCAUCAUUGUAUUUGCCCUACCCAUGUGGAGGGUGACGGCGUUCAUUGGGAGCAACAUUGUGGUGGCCCAGAUCAUCUGGGAAGGACUGUGGAUGAACUGCCUUGUGCAGAGCACCGGCCAGAUGCUGUGCAAAGUCUAUGACUCUAUGCUGGUGCUGGCCAAGGAACUGCUGGCUGCCCGUGCCCUCUGCAUCAUCUGCAUCCUGGUGGCGCUCCUCGCCCUGCUAAUCAGCAUUAUUGGUGCCAAAUGCACAAACUGUGUGGAGAAUAGGAAGACCAAGGCCCGGGUUUCUAUGGUGUCUGGCAUGGUCUUCAUUGUGGGCAGCAUCCUCCUGUUGAUUCCAGUUUAUUGGUUGGCCAAGUCCAUUAUCCAUGACUUCUACAAUCCCCUUGUGGUUGAAGCUCAGAAUAGGGAGCUGGGGGCUUCUAUCUAUAUCGGGUGGUCUUCCUCGGCUCUGAUGCUGAUGGGUGGUGUUCUUCUCAGCUGCUCAGGCCCCAAGAAAGACAAUGUCCCUUACACUGCCCGGUACACCGCUGCCACCUCUCAGCCCCACAGUGACUAA